AUGUCGGACGCUUUUAGUCAAUGUUGCGCUCGUUUCAAGGAGGCAAUCAUUGUCACUGGACCAGAAAAAGGUUAUGAAGCGAAGGGAAAAGAGAGGAGGAUUCUGUUCACUUUAGAAAUUCCUUACCCCUUUUUUAAAGAGGUGCACCAAGUUUUUCAAGAAGGGUUCGUGAGUUCUACUGCCACUUCCGGUGAGAAUUCUUUGACCGAGCAUGGUGGAGGGGCACGUUUUUCCUCAGCAAACGCAGAAGGAAACGACUUGUCAUCUACAUUUGCCUCGUCUGGCACCAAAAGGUACACGUACACAGAUUUCGUGGAAAAAUGCAUAUUUGGUGAAUUCUUUGCUUUCAGCGAUGAUCAAAUUAUUCGAAAACAAAUCGACUAG